AUGUCAGCAACAAAAGAUGUUGAAGUUCAUGUUGAAUAUUCUGAUCAACAAAAUAUAAAUACAUUUUCACGGAAUAAUGCAAAAUUAACUGAAUUAAAAGAAGAAAUCGAAGCAAAACGAAAAGAAUU